AUGCGAGCCCCGUACCGGAGUUUCUUCAGAACCGUUGAAACUGGUCGAGGUGUGAUGGUACUGCGCCAGUAGAGACGAGGACGCGAGAGUGGACGGCCGCAAACGCGGUGAGCCGCGCUACCACACGAAUGAACGCUAAAUCUCCUAGUCCAGUAUAGCGCGGCAACGACCUCCAGCAACAUGGGGUCCCAGCAGUUUUGCCUCAAGUGGAACAACCACCAAUCGAACAUGCUGGCCGUGUUCGAGCAGCUUCUGUCCAACGAAGCGUUGGUGGACGUAACGCUUGCGUGCGAAGGUCUAUCGCUGAAGGCCCACAAGAUGGUUCUGUCCGCUUGCAGUCCCUUCUUCCAAGCUCUUUUUGUCGAAAAUCCCUGCAAGCACCCCAUUGUGAUCAUGAAAGAUAUGAGAUAUAUGGACUUAAAAGCCAUCGUCGAGUUCAUGUACCGCGGCGAGGUUAAUGUGUCUCAAGACCAACUCUCCGCUCUUCUCAAGACGGCGGAGACGCUCAAAGUCAAAGGACUGGCUGAAGUCACCGGCGAGAACAAGCAUGGUGCGCUCGUGAGUGUGGAUGGUGCGGACCCUAAGCCAGUGGGCACUCCUCGUGCCGAAUCUCCACCGCUAAGUAAACGGAAAAGAGGGCGGCCUCGGAGACGCUCGCCCAGCGACUCCAACAAAAGCGAUUCUGAAGACCAGGGCGGCCCUCCGACGACGCGCAUCAAGGGACCCGAAAGCCCCGAAAUCAUCGAGGAUGGCAGUUUGUCGAGCGACCGUGUUACGGCCCUUCCGGCCGCUUCUCCUUCGAGUCGGACUUCUUCCACUGUGGCGGUGUCUUCUACGGCUGUGCCUCCUACCGCACACCUAGGUUCUACCACCAAGGCCACCAACUCUUUGGCCACCUCGCAGCAUACUCAGGACUCCAUUGGUGACGACGUGGGGGAGGGCGACGAUGCGGACUUUGAGGUGGAGCCUUCUAACCUAAUGGAACAGUCCAUGACGACAGAGAACGUUCCUGUGUUCACGGACGUUGCCUCAUCAUCACAAGCACUAGGGAACGAGUCACAGCAGUCUCAUCACACAGGGUCCACAUCAGACAGUACAGCUCUUGUUCCUGUUCAAGCCUCAUUGCCUUCAGACAUCUCCAUUUCCAGUCAAGUGGACAUCAAACCGUCGCCUUCUAGUUUAAUACCCUACGACGACCAGGCAAUAUCGCCUGUGGUCGCCGCUCCUCCUGCCGCUGCGGCCUCCUCUGCGGAGGGCGCAUCCAUGGCUAUGAUGUUCAUGGACACUUCGGGCGUCCCUGCAAUCGCCGGCCCGUCCAAUUAUCAUCCGGACAAGCAGCAGUCAACUCCAUCUCAUGGUACGUUACCCUCUGACCCAUGCCCCCUCCUCCUCCCUUUCUCCUUUCACUUAAUUAUCGCCUCACGACGAUCCUAGCCCCGUCGCGUUUGGGGUUCACCUGUAACGUCAGACGUUGUGCGGCGGCUACGAUUGUAUCGGGCGUCCCGAAACGUCGCUCUCGUUCUGUAUUUUAUGGACCUAUUUGGUUGUAACUUGUUAAUUCGAUCUUUCAUACGAUAGCGACGUUUCUUGCUUAUUCGUUAGGGCUUUGUACUCGAUCGUGUUUUCAAUACUUGCUGUACCGAAAUUCUGUAACAAACGGGAAGUAAACGCCUUAUCUGUUGCCUCCAUGGAGGCUUCUCCGAAGACGCCCAGUCAUUUGUGUUGUGUCCCGAGUCAAUUUAUCAUCUGCGCAUUCGCGACCCGCGUCACCAUUUUGGACCUUCGGACCUGGCAGUUUUGGGUGGACAGUUUCGCGCUGAUCUUGGAGUCCUGCUGGCCACGUCGGGGACUGCGAGCCUGCCAACCGCAUCUUUUUUUUCGCGUCGCGUGCGUUUCGUUUUCGUGCCAUCGCCGGUGUCUCCAUCUGAAGUUGGCAGCAAGACUUGGUAAGUUGUAUUUUAGACCCCUUCCCAACUUCCACGUACCCCAUCCUUUAGAAUUACUUUACUCCUGGUUAGGGCCUUAGGGAUUAACGUUUCUUUAAAUGUGUCGGAUGUUUGUAUUGCAUUGUAACAAAUCGUUUAUUAAAUUGAAUGGGAGGGUUGUGCUGUCUUUAUUUUUUUAGGUAGUACACGGGCGAGCAAGAGCGAACGUUUUGUGAAUGGGUGUGUGCUUGCGUUGAAUGUGUGCGUGAUGUGUGUUGUCCCUACACCAACACUUGGAUUGCUCGUUCCGAUACACAACACUACUCAGCGGGGCUGCAGUCUGAACACGUUUCGUUGCAGCUCUGUAGUCGCAACUGUGCAUUUGUUGCCGCGAUUACUGGAGUUGCAACUUUGCAAGCUCUUGUAACUGCGCGAGUGUCCCUCGGUCGUAAUGAGUACUCGAGCUUGCACUUACACGUACACGCACUACUACACUGGAUGGGGUGCCCUCGAGUGGGGAUGGUUUUUCUAGGUGCUGUGCGACCGGAGGAAACUGGCCUGCUGGUGGUAUUCGGUAAGCAAUUGAAAACUGUUAGUGUGUGUAUUAAAAUGUUUCUUCUGCAGGUGGCAUGCAGUCCUGCUGUGGCGGCUCGACCCGAAGACUAAUGUAAAGCUUUGGUUUUUGGUGUCAACCGAUACAGCUGAAGUAAGCGAGAAAGUGGUAUUCGACAAUAAAAGCA